GACACUCGCUGGCGAUGUUAUCGGGUCUCCAUCCAAGAAGGAGAUAUCGCAAUAUCUGAGCACGCUUUACAGGACUCAAACCACGCGUUAGACGGCGACGAGGACGCUCAGGAGGAAAGUCAGAAGAACCUCAGAUAUGACAAAUUCAGUAAAAAAUCGAUGGGAUUUGGUGAGAAAAAUCAGUAUUUUGGUGGUUUGGAGGGCUUCCGAUACAAAAGUUGCAAUUUUUUGAGGUUUUGGGGUGCCAAGACUGCACCAAAUUUUGCAUACGCUAAAUCAUUAUAUCUAAUCUAA